AUGGGCUGGUGGUGGCGCUCAAACACCCAGACUCCGGUCACGAAGCCCUCCGACUCCACGCCCGACCCGGUCCCAACUUCGUCGCAGCCUCCCUCGAGCCCGCACGAUGUCGCAGAUAAGCCUCGCGCCCCAUUAUCGCGCGAAGAGCAAUCCGAGCUGGAGCUGCAGAAUCUCCUCGCCGAGCUCCAGGCUUCUGUCAGGUCAGGAGAGGCUCCCAGCGGCGGCGCUACCACCACCGCCAACUCCAGCUCGACCGCCGCGGAUCCCACAUCCUCCUCCAUCUUCCCCACAACCAUGAACUGUCGCCAAGCCUUCGACGGGGCCUUCUACUGCCAGUCAUUGGGCGGACAGGCCAUGAACGUCUACCGCUACGGCAGCCUGCGCUCGUGCUCCGAGAACUGGUCCGACUUCUGGUUCUGCAUGCGCACCCGCUCCUACGGCGACGCAGAAAAGGCCCGGCUGAUCUCGGAGCGGUACGAGCAGAAGGAGGCCAAGUACCGCAGCGGCCCUAGCAGCGAGGAUAUAUGGGACGUACGCAAGCCGGGCGAGGAGCUGCGCAACCCCUUCAACAAGGAUCCGGACCAGAUUGAGAUCCCUGGCUUGCCCAAGCCCAAAAGGCUGACGCAGUCGCAGGAGUGA